AUGCAAGGUAACUUCACUAUGAAAUCGAUUAUUCAUCUUACUCUCUUGUUUCUUCUGAAUGCUCAAGCAUUCAAUGCAAAUCAUCAGCAAGAUCAAUGCGAUAAUUUAUGUGCAAUUGAGAUCAAUGAAAUUGACAUGUCCAAAUUUCUCAGUGGUACAGAUGAAGAAAAGAAACACAUCGCAGCACUAUUUGAUCGAACUUUUCAUGAACAAGGUGUUACCCGUUUAAUCAAUAACAACAUCACAUCAGAACUAAUGGCCAAAGCCAAGGAAUUUUUUGCGUUAGAUUUAGAAACAAAAAUGAAAUAUAACAUCGAUCGUCACGAUAUUACUACAUCAGGAUACAAGCCGUUAGGGUUUGAAACGGUUGCCAACUAUAAAAACGAGAAGCAAACGGCAUCAACUGAUUCUACUGAAGCUUUUUUCACAUAUUUCAAAUCGCAACCCAAACAGCUCAAUUUUCCAGCCGAUAAAUUACCUGAGCAAUUUAGUGAAAUUAUACCAGAGUAUAUCUUCAAAUCACGACAAUUAAUAGCAUUAGUUCAUCGUAUUGUCGACAUGGCUUUAGGAUUGGAUGAAAAUACACUGGAUCGCAAUUAUACGAACGAUGACGCUCUGUUCAGUUCGCGACUAACUCGAUAUUUACCAACGGAAGAUGAGCAUGGAUUGGCAUUCGGCGAACAUCAAGAUUAUCUUGGAUUUACUUUGUUACAAAACGAUGAUGUGCCUGGAUUGGAAGUGAAUAUCGACGGCAGAUGGUUUCGUGUGGAUUCUAAGCCGAAUACUCUUAUAUUAUUGGGUGGCGAGCUGAUUCAGAGAUGGACGAAUAAUUAUUGGAUAUCGAUACUACAUCGCGUUAGUGCAGUGAAACAGCUACGAUUUUCAGUCUUGUUCUUUACUGGACCAGAUGUAAAUACAGUUAUUGAAACAUUACCAUGUGAAAAAUGUCUGCGAACAUCGUCAAAAUAUACUCCUGUUAGUGUAUCUGAACAUUUAAAACGAAAACAGGAGGCUACAUUACAAAAAGACCGUUAG